CUUAUCUCUCAUGUUUUUCGGUCCAGGUGAAGUUCCCGUGACCCAAGAUGGCGGCCUAUGAAUGGUUCGCCCGGCCAAGAAAUUACGAACUCGAACUUCAGCAGAAGUCACUUCAAAGUCAACUUACUCUCUCGCAUCCUUUGAGAGGAAUCACUGUUACAGAAAUACGAUCUACAGAUGCUAAAGGAACACCAGCAAGAGGUUCAAAGGCAGUUGCAACAGAUGAUUUUGUAGAUCCUUUGAGUGGAGGACUUGACCCACUGAGUGCUGAUGGUGGGGUCAGUCUGGCCUUUGAAGGAGCUGAUCCAUUAUCUAGACUUGCAGCAGAAGCUGAGACUGUUGUCAAGCCAAGAAGCAACAGUAGCAAGAAGGAUGAUGGAAACGAUGACAAUAUGGAUGAAUCUUUUGAACCAUGGUCAGCAAAAAAAGCAGGAAUUCUGGCAAAAUAUACAACAUCAGAGAAGCUUUCCAUCACAACAAGCUUUCUUUCAGCAGGUGACAAAGAAAAAGUGGUUAUUAAGGCACAGCAACAAGUUACAGUCACAGAUAAGGUUCGCAACCGUUUGGAGCAGCUUGAUGAUUUUGAAGAGGGGUCUGUGAAGGAAAUGAUGAACCUGAGCCAACAGGAGUAUGUGAAACGAAUAGAGGAGCUGAACCAAGCCCUCAUUUCUGCAUGGGACCAGGAUCAGCGUGUUAAGUCUUUGAAAAUUGCCAUUCAGUGUUCCAAACUUUUGGCAGAUACUUCAGUCAUUCCUUUUUACCCUAGCAAGUUUGUCCUCAUCACUGAUAUUCUAGACACUUUCGGACGGUUGGUGUAUGACCGAUUGCGAGAAAAAGCUCAGUACUUUCCUUCUGGCAGUAUAAAGCCAGUGCGAUUGCCAGAUAAUUUUACUCCUGCUGAUGUGCCAGAAUCUGCAAAAGAGACUUGUAGAAAUUGGUUUUUUAAAAUUGCUUCUAUUCGUGAACUCAUUCCUCGGUUCUAUGUGGAGUGUGCUAUCCUCAAAUCCUACAACUUUUUGUCAACUGGAGAGCAUGCGGAAGCACUCAAGAGGUUAGCAGUGAUGACACGUGGUAUUGGUGAUCCACUUGUUUCUGUUUAUGCCCGUUGUUAUCUCUUGCGGGUAGGUGUUCAGAUAGCACCUGGCAUAAGAGACCAUGUCCUGCCAUGUUUUGAUGACUUUCUGACAUCAUUUGUGCAGGUGCAAGGGGACAGUGUUCAAAACAUUCUGGCUACACAAAAGCUGGAAAUGCCCCAGUAUCUGACUCUCUUCUCACCAGCAUUGGACUGGAUUUUACAGUGCCUGGCCUAUCAUGCGUCUGAAGUGACAUUGACCACUACUUUAGAUAAAUGCAAGCUUCAUUGUAACAAUGCAUUGCUGCUCAAUUCUAUUAUGUCAGCAUUCCAUCCACAGUUUAUUGCUAACAGAGCUCUUCACUUCACUGAACUUAUCAGGGACUGCGAGGACACAGGAUUUCCAAAACAUCUUCUGCAUCAAACCCUGGGGCGUUGUCUGGCUAUGGCUGACCCACCAGAGGAACAAAAACUGAAUGUACUUAAUGAAGUUUGGAAGGCUGUUGUCAAACUCAAAAAUCCAGGGGAUUAUAUUGCAUGUGCAGAAGUGUGGAUAGAAUUUGUUGUCAAACACUUUGGGAGAAGGGAAGUCAACACAGUCUUGGCUGAUAUCAUCAAGCAUAUGACACCUGACCGGGCUUUUGAAGAGCAUUACCCACGACUUCAAUCUGUGGUCAUCAAAAUUCUGACCCAUAUAUACAACUUCUCACAACUGUUUGCCUUGGAAAAAUUUCUUCCUUUCCUAGACAUGUUUCAAAGGGAGUCCAUCAAAGUGGAGGUUUGCAAGAAUGUACUUGAAGCUUUUAGCAGGCACCAGCAAGAACCAGUUAAUGAUCCAGUCGUCAUCAAUGCUAUGAUGUUUUUGAGUAAAACCGUUCACGAUUCUGUCAAUGCCCUGACUCUGGAUGAUGAAAAGCGAAUCCUUGGUCUUCUGUGUGCUUUUAUUAGACGUGUGUCCUUUGGGAGGGACUUUGAACAGCAGCUAAGUUUUUAUGUAGAGGCCAGAGCAUCCUUUAGCAAUCUGGAUACAGUUCUGAUAACACUCAUACAGAGUGUAAACAGUCUCUCCAUGGAAACAAGAAGCGUGGUCAAAGGCAGUCACUCUCGGAAAACAGCUGCCUUUGUUAGGGCUUGUGCAGCAUACAGCUUCAUCACAAUCCCAUCACUGCAGUCUGUCUCUGCACAGCUGCAGCUGUACCUAGUGUCAGGCCAAGUAGCUUUGGUCAACCAGUGCUUCUCCCAAGCCGAUGCCUUUUUUAAGGCAGCCAUUUCUCGCAUUCCUGAACUUCCUCGUACAUUGGACAUGGAGGGCAAAGUCCGUUCUAGUGAGCCUUUGCUGGUUGAAUACUUGAGUAACCUUGUGUCAACACUGCUGAUCACACCAGAUAAUCCUGACACUGGGGUUUUGUACCUUUUGCGUGGACUGCUUAACAUCCUGCAAGAUUAUACUUGGGACCAAAACUCAGACUCACGCAUCCUUGUCUAUGUGCGUGUUUUGGCAGUUUUGUCAGCUUACAGCCAGGAACAGUAUAUAUAUCAUGCAGACAAAGUGGACUCAAAUGAUGCAAUGUAUGGGUCUGACCCUAAGUUUUUGGCUGAAGUUAAAAGUGUUGGCGACACUUUGCUGAAUCAGAUUCUCUCACACCUCAAGACAUUGUCUUCACCUGAGACUGAAAAAGAAAAACUUCCCUUGCAAUGGAACUACUUGGCACAAUUGUGGGUCAUGGAAACCUUGACAAUCCAUCAAUGACCACUCUAGCAGCCAACUUGUGGAAUCUGAUCCAACGAUCAGGAACUGCUGAUAGCAAAGCUAUGUCUCGGCUUGCACAGUAUGUUAGAACCAAGGCUGGCUCUGGAGAGAAAGGAUUCCUCUUGCUGCUAUCUCAUCUGAAGACGGAUGCUUGAGAAUGCUUGUUGGAACCACCGGUUUAAAAUCUAGAAACAAAUGUGUGCUGAUGCAAUAUAUGAUGUACCUAGUUUGCAGCUUCAUGUGAGCUUAAUCAGAAGCGCUGACAUUCUUUUUAUAUUGUUGGUUUAACUUAAAAUAUGAGAGGCUUGGAAAGAUUUUAUAAUUAAGACAUGUAUUGAAUGUACAUGAUGACCAUGCAAGUGGUUUGUUGAGUGUGCUCCGGUACAUGUAUGUUACAUGUUAAAGUGAGAAAGGUGAGACAGUUUACCUACCCACCGCCCUCCAAAAAAAAAGACAAAAUGAAAAUAAACAUUUUAACAUGACCUAAUAUAAAAGCAAGAAAUAUGCGAUGCCAAUUUUGACUUGUUGAAAAUCGGAUAUCAGUGCCAUGAUUCCUUCUUAAAGGCAAAAUUCUGUGUGGACUAGUUCUACUCAUGUUGUCACUUAAGGUACUUGCUCAUUAAUUCAAUUAUGAUUUUAUAAAGCUUAUCAAAAUAUGUCAGUAUCAAUCCACAAAUUGUGAUGAAGGUAUUGGAUGAGAGACAAAGCCUGACACACAGAAGGCUAAAGCUAUGACGGCAUAAAUUAUUAGAUUUUAUCAAAUAGGGUGCAAAGAGCUCCUGCGACAGUGAAGUCAAACCUCCGUUCAUAGAAAAUCUCUUUGUCAAACCUUCAAUGAAAAGACAGUUAAGAAUCAUUUGAAAAAGAAAAACUGAUGAAACCUCCAAAAUGUACAAUAUUUAAUUUAUAUCAUAUAGCUCUUAGAAAAUAUUUUAAACAUGUAUUAAUUAAAUAUGCAAGAAAAUCUCAAUUUCAAUAUUUAAAAUUAAAAUUCUCACGUGUCCCUUAAACGUCCAGUCUAUAGUAACAAAGUAACAUUCUAACAUCCAGUGACAAUGGACAUGUCAUGAACUGACAAUCAUGUGCAAGCCAUUACAAGAUUUAUAAAGCCAUCCAAUAAGGGUUGCAGCCACUUUCUGAGGAGGACUGGUAUUUUAAGCUGAGCCUGCAACUAAGACUAUAUCACAGCAAAGCAGCUAGCCCUGUAAACAGAUGCCACAUGCAGAAGAAGAACAGCAUGCCUGAGACAAGAUCUGAACCCAGGGCAGCCAAUCUUACUAACCAUUGUGCGCACCACAAGACUGCCACAGCCACUUACUGAAUCAGAUGCGUUUUAGGAAUAAUUAUGACAUUCAGUGUAAACUUAAAGGUUGUGUUGAUAAGCAUGUAGCAUGAAAACUGUUCGUGAAAAAUGAGGUAAAUUUUAACAUCGUUUGCACUUGUUAAAAUCGAGAUAAAUCAGACACAUCAAGUUAUAUGAAUAUUGUUUCAAAAAACUACACAUCCUAAUGCUAAGGUCAAAAUAUGAUUCAAAUUAUAGAAUUUUUUUUUCAAAGCAGUAUCCUGUUCUGCAUAUUGGCUUUAACUUUCUUGGCAGCUCCUUCUUGUGUUUGCCUUAUUUAAUUAGGUUUGCAUUAGUGAUCUGAGCAUUUUGCAAUGCAAGUUUAGAAAUAAUCUGGCCUUGACUAAAGGAAAACAUAAUUUCUCAACAAAUACAGCAGAUAUCCAAUGUACUUAUUAUAAUCACUCAAAAAUGAACACAACAUGUUUUAACAUGCAGAUAAGUAUGAGGGGAGGUGGACAUCAUGAGCAAUGGUAAAGUACAGCUGAAAUCUCCACAGCACAUUCUGUGUAUCACAUUGCUCGCAUGGUUUUAAACUGGAGUAAAAUUAGCAGCAAAUGUAUGACUCGACUUUAGUCAAGCCAUCUACCCUGAACUUGCAGCCAAUACAGAUUUAUGGUAUGUUACAUGAUUUCAAAUUCAUUAUGAUGAUUCGAGGAAGGGGAUAACUGGAAGACAGGAGGUCAAAUCUUGCAUACCCAUUUGUAUGCUAUACCAUUCUAGAAGCACUUUCUCCAAAAUAUACAAGUCUGCAGCUAAUGAAUUGGAGGUCCAGAUACCUCAGUGGAAGCACCACUCCUCUUAGGACAUAGACAUUGGAGGUUUCCUCACUUUUUACAUUUAUGUGCACACUAUGCCUCCAGCUCGUAGUCACCAGAUGCCACAUGGGACAGAGGAUUCUUUUUUUCAUCCUAUUCUCACUGGCCUAGAUGAUUAUCACUAUAGCUCUUCCUAUACUGAGCUAUUUGCUGCCUUGACUGUACUGGCCUUCACAAGUCUUUACAGGACAUUUUGAGAUGUUAUGGUUAAAUCCUUAUCAGGUCUUCAGUUCUCCCAAGAAAAAUACUUUGGGAUUUUGUGCAUGUCUUGUUCUUGCCAUGUAACUAGCCAUAGAGUUAUAUGUCAGUGGUAGGAGAAUCAUGCAGUCUGUGGCUCAUCUAAGCUUUAGAAAUUUAUGUAUAGCGUAUUCUGAUACUGCCUAUUUUCCGCAAAUCUUUAAUGUCACUUUUUACACAAUGCGCAUGCAAUUUCAACUUAUCCACUCAAUUAGUGCCCUGUUGCAGACAUUUUUAAAAAAAUGUUUUAUCACUAUAUAUUUUCCCAAUGUCUUUAAUACCUUAGUUAUAGGAAUGCCAUUUCACUUAUUCUUUGUUUUGAGAACUUUUUACAAAUUCAGUCUUUGAUUCGGAAUCAAAAUCUAAUCUUGGGACAGACCAGAAUAAAAAAAAAAACUUGCUGCAGAUGCAUAUGGCAAAUGUAUUUUUAAGCCUCAUCCUUUACUGGUACACAAAUACCUCUUAUAAUUUACUGUUGAAAGCUAUUUUUAAGACAUUAUCAUCUUCAAAAAACACUUUACAUGAUUUCACUGCUCUAUGCAGCCUUUUUUGUUAUAAACCAAUUUAAACAUGAUUUUUGAUAAAUCUUUAUAAAUUUUUUCACUUCACCUGUACACCACUUUGACACUUUUUGUGUGUGGCAUAUAUGUACUGUCAUAAGCAACUUUUUUAAUAAUGGAAUGUACACAAAGAAACCUGCCUUAACAGUAAAUACAAAUAUAAAAGAC